GGUCCCGGAGCCGCUCGGUCCCGGUGCCGCUCCCGGUGCCGCUCCCCGCCAUGGCCAAGUGGCUCCGGGAGUACCUGGGCCGGGGGGCCCGGCGCUCCCCCCCGCGCCCCCCCCAGCCCGAUUACAGCGGCCCCGGCAGCCCCGGGGGCCCUCCCGGUGCCGCCCCCGCCGCUCUCCGGUGCCCCGGAGCGUCCCCGCGCCGCCGCCUGGUGCGGGUGGGGGGCGCGGGGCCGGGGGGCGGCCACCGCCGCCUGCAGCAGGGCCCGGGUGAGAGCGAGUACUCGGAGCCCUUCGAGGGGGAGCAGGAGCCGGCGCCCGAGGGCGGCUGCGACGAGGAGGCCACAGGGUGUCCCCGGCAGGGCGAGCCCCGGCGGGUGCGGCCGCGCCGCGGUCCCCAGCUCUACGACACCCCCUCCGAGGAGUGGGACACGGCCGGGGACAGCCCGGGGGGACCCCCGGCCCGCCAGAGCCGCCUGCCCCGCGAUGACGAGCGCCCGGCCGAUGAGUACGACCAGCCCUGGGAGUGGAAGAAGGAUCACAUCUCCCGGGCGUUCGCAGUGCAGUUCGAGAGCCCCGAGCGCUCGCCCAGCCUGUCCCGGCAGCUGCCGCGCUCCCCCCGCGCCCCCAGGCCGGGCUGUCCCCCCAGCCCCCGGCACGUGGACACCUCGCUGCCCCUGGAGAAGCAGGCCUGGUACCACGGCCCCAUCGGGCGCGCGGGCGCAGAGACGCUGCUGGCGCUGUGCCGCGAGGGGAGCUUCCUGGUGAGGGACUGCGAGACCAGCCCCGAGGACUACUCGCUGUCCCUGCGGAGCAGCCAGGGUUUCGUGCACGUCAAGCUGACGCGGACCCGGGAGCAGCACUUCACUCUGGGCCGGGCCGGGGCCGCGUUCCCGUCGGUGCCGGCGGCCGUGGGGCACUACACGGCCCGAGCCCUGCCCGUGCGCGGUGCUCGUCACCUGUCCCUGCUGUACCCCGUGUCCGUGCAGCCCCUGUGACACCCCCGCCCCAAUAAACAGCCCCGUCCCAC